AUGGGGUUUGAAAAUGAUGAAAUGACAGGAGUUGUCUAUAAACCACAGCACGAUGGCAAACAUGAUCAGAAGCUUCAACCAGAUAACAUCAAGAAGAAAAAUGAUACAUGGUUUCUCUAUUUCUCUGCUUUCACAGCGAACCUCGUAUUCCUGUCAGGUUCCAUGGACAUGGUAUGGACAUCACCAGUUAUUCCCAAACUGCAAUCGAACGAUACGACUGUGAACCCUUUAGGCAGACCAAUUUCACAUUACGAGAUAUCUCUCAUAGCAGGACUUCCGAGAUUUGGUGCAAUAUUAGGAACAAUAGCGUUUGCAAAACUCCCAGACAUUGUCGGAAGGAAAAAAUGUUUGGUAUAUAUGGCUUUAGCUAUGACGAUUUCGAACCUGCUAGUAUCAUUUGGCAAUCAUAUAUACUACUAUUACAUAGGAAGGACUUUAUUUUGUACAUUUUUGGGAGGAGUGACAGUUUGUUUACCAGUUUAUUUAUGCGAGAUAGCUGAGGAUCACAAUAGAGUUAAAUAUAUGUGUCUAAUGUCUGCAACAGUACCAAUUGGAACGCUUCUGUCCUAUAUAUUCGGACCUAUUACAUCAGUCAAAAUAUUCACCUUACUCACCAUAGCUCCAGUUAUAGCAUUCCUACUGAUCUUCACAAUAAGCGUACCUGAAUCUCCAGUCUAUCUGGCUUCGAAAGGAAAGCGAAUUGAAACUAUGAUAGCACUACAAAAACUCAGAAGCAAUAAGGAUACAGAACAGAUAAACAAAGAUUAUCAACAGAUAGAAAGAGAAUUGGAAGCUAGAAAGAAUGUAUCGAAUAUCAAAACUCUCUGGCCUUUCACAACAAAACCGUUGAAAAGAGCUUUUCUGAUAGCAACAGUCAUAAAUAUGGCACACCAUUGUGCAGGAUCUUCAGUAAUCAUGCCAUUCCUUGGACCAAUGUUCAACGAAGCUCAUACAAAUCUAUCUGGAAAUAAUGUAGCUAUUUUAGUAGGCAUAAUCAAAAUAUUCAUUUACUUCGCAACGUCAUUCAUAGUUGAAAAAAGUGGUCGCAGGCCUCUGCUUUUAUUAUCUUCUGCAGCGUCAGGAGUACCAUUAUUUUUCCUUGGUUUAUAUUUUUACUGGAAAAAUACGAAUGCAAGUUUCCUUGGUGAUAUAAGAUGGUUGCCUAUUGUGAUAAUUAUAGUUUUCAUUAUAUCCUAUGCUAUUGGUCUGGGGCCACUUCCCACAGCAAUUACAGGUGAACUCUUUCCUAGUGAUAUCAAAUCGUUGGCAAUGUCUUACCAGAUGAUAUUUGUGAAUUUGGUCAUAACUGUGUGGACUUUCAGUUAUCCCAUAGUGGCCCAUUAUCUGGGUAUUCAGUAUUGUUUAUGGCUUUUCAGCAUGAAUUGUUUCAUAGGGCUCAUAGGCAUUUAUUAUAUAUUACCUGAAACCAAGGGUAAGAGUAUUUUAGAAAUACAAAAAAUGUUGAGUGAUUAA